AUGAAUGCCGCAAGAUUUGUUUCAAGCAACACAGCUGCAUCGUUAGCUCAUUCAAACCGGACAGUGAUGAAUGUAUUGGAUGCCAGGAGUUUAGGGGUUGUGAGCGACUGUAAAGAAAUUCUUGAUGUAUACCCGGAAGCAGAAAGUGGCUUUUAUGAGAUAGAACUAUGGGAGUCUAAGAAGAAACUUAUUGUGAAUUGUGACAUGAAAACUGACGGUGGCGGCUGGACGAUAUUUCAUAGGCGCUUUGACGGGUCUAUUGACUUUUAUCAAAACUUCACGGAGUAUGAAAAUGGGUUUGGAAACGCAGGAGGAGAACUCUGGCUAGGCCUGAAGUACAUACAAGAAUUAGCUGACCAAGAUCAUUCAGAAGUCCGCAUUGAUUUAACAAAGACGACACAGGACAAUCUAGAAGCAGAACUAGCGUACAAUAACAAAGCUCCUUUUUCAACUUUUGACCGUGACCUAGAUAGCGCACCACCUCGUAGUUGUGCUGUUGAUCGACACGGAGGCUGGUGGUAUUACUCAUGUACAUUCAUGAAUAUAAAUGGAUUAUAUGUCCGACCAGGUACAAUAUGUGAAGUUGCUGGGGCAGAAACCCGUCAUUGUGGACACCUGCACGGAGGGUUUGAAAGUGGAGACAUGUUAAGGAGAUCUUCAAUGAUAUUGAGAAGGACAUAA